AUGGCAUUAGCCAAGGCGACAGCUCCAACUUCACCUGCCAUGGAGCUCGUCCCAGUGGCCCUCCGCCAUUUGCCCAUCCACCCUACUGCUGUGCCACUUCGCCGCGGAGCACCGGUCGUCCUGGCCAUCGCUUGGGCCUCCACCUGCCGCGCUGCCCAACGUGCCCUGCGCGCCCCUCGCGGCGCGCGCCACGCGCGCGGCGCGCGGCGCGCGGCACGGUGUCAGGCGACAGGUGCCGCCGGGGCCCCGAAGGAGGCCAAGCGCGAGCUGCUGCUGCGGUGUGCCGGGGGAAACCGGGGCUUCGUGGCAAGGGAGGCGGAGCGGGAAGAGGUCACACUGCUCCUAGAGACCUUGGCUGAACACUUCCAAGCGCCUCCUGGUGCUCGCGAGCGCUUGGAUGCACUACGGGGGCGCUGGAAAUUGAUCUACACCAGCUCCAGCGAUCUGACGUCCCUAGAGAAUCUCCCCUUGGGUUGGCGAACAGGCAGAGUGGGCCAGUCUUUUCUCACCAGCCGCUUCGCGCGAAACGAGAUCGACUUCUUCUCACCGCUGCAGACUCAGGUAACUCAGCUGGUGAACUGCACCUACAAGCUACCAGAGCCCUUGGAGGAGAAGUUUUUCGUCGAGUUGGCCUUUCGCUACAGCUCGACCCAGCUGAAUCUUCCCUUCUCGCCCAAUCUCACGUUGCCUUUGCCGCCUGGGGCGGGAAUUUUUCAGGUUGCCUACCUGGAUGAUGAGCUCCUUGUACAAAAGACACGCCUUGGCCAGUCCUCAGUGAACGCUGAUCUGAAGUCCUUGCUGAUCACGAAAGAGUUCAUUCGGUGGCAAGCCCACAAAGCGCGCUUGCGUGAUUGGCUCCAGCGCAAGGAGUUGGAGCUGGCCGAGCGGCGCCGCCAGCAGCAAGCAGAGGAGGAUCUCCUGCGUGAGGAGCAAGACUACCGAGAUCAACGGCGCUUCGAGCAGGAGGUGGAGCUGCAGCGGCAGCGCGUGGGCCGCUUGCGGCGGGCGGAGCUACAGCAGCAGGAGCUGGACAUGGCGCUGGAGAAUCAGAUCUUCCGCAGCUCCGCACGAGAAAUGCGAGAGGCCGUAGUGGCGGUCGGCGCCCAGACCUUGGCGGCGUAUUCCACACCGCGCGUCUGUCCGGGGCGGACCAGGUGCAAAAGCGCCAGAACGUCCAGAUGCCGAUGA